GCACCGUCCAACUGAGACGCUUGACGACACGCGCAGACCUCCAGGCAGACGCGGCGGCGACAAUCACGAAUUCAGAACGCGCGGCACGGCCACGGACGUCUGUGAAGUCAGUGUCCCGCUGUUUACCUGAACGUAGCCAACCCCGCGCGCUCUUUCGGACAUAACCGAUACACGGACACGCGCAGCGGAGAGGCGGAAAAUUAUGGCGACGUUGGGACCGGAGUCGGCUCGCCCCCCUCUGGGUUCUUCUCCGUUAGUCCAGGCUCACAUCGGCAGCGCCAACCUGCCUCCCAACCGGGGCUUGGAGCGGGCGCUGGAGGAGGCGGCGGCCAGCGGCGUCCUCAACCUCAGCUGCCGAAAACUGAAGGAGUUUCCCCGGACAGCAGCCAACCACGACCUGUCGGACACGGUGGAAGCAGACCUGUCAAAAAACCGACUAACCGACGUCCCCUCAGAGGUAUGCCAUCUGGUUGCCUUGGAAACACUAAACUUGUACCACAACUGCAUCAGGUCCAUCCCAGACAGCAUCAUCAGCCUGCAGUCGCUCACCUCCUUAAACCUCAGUCGUAACCAGCUGGGCUCCCUGCCGGCCUGCCUGUGUGGUUUACCUCUGAGAGUCCUCAACGCCAGCAACAACAAGCUGGUCAGCCUGCCCGAGACCAUUGGACAACUGCAGAGGCUCAUGGAGCUGGACAUCAGCUGCAACGAGAUCACAGCUCUUCCUCGUCACAUUGGCAGACUCAAAGCUCUGCGCGAGCUAAACGUGCGCCGAAACCUUCUCUGUGUCCUGCCAGAAGACUUGGCUGAUCUUCCUCUGGUGAAGUUCGAUUUCUCCUGUAACAAAGUGUCCACCAUCCCAGUGUGUUACAGGAAGAUGAAACAGCUCCAGACUCUACAGUUAGAAAACAAUCCACUGCAGAGUCCACCCGCACAGAUCUGUAUAAAGGGCAAAGUUCACAUAUUCAAGUAUCUGAGCAUUGAGGCGUGUCGCAGCGAGAAGAUGCCUGACUCUCUCUACCUGCCCGUCAUGGGGCGAAUCAACUUAUCAAGGCCCACCACUGGCAGUGUGGAAGACAUGGAGCAGCAGAAGAAGCAGGACAGUGACUCAGGAGUCGGCAGCGACAACGGAGACAAGAGACUGUCUGCUACUGAGCCGUCAGAUGAAGACAGUCUGAGCCUUAAUGUGCCAAUGAGUCACAUCACAGAGGACAGACCCAAACUCUGACUCGGUGCAGCUGAUUGAGGAGAGCCCUACGGAAGCCCUGAGAGACCAGAACAGAGACUCUUCUCUCAGCACUCGCUUCAUCAACUACAUCAAGGGUAGGACUGCAGCAGACUUCGACGAGCCCCUCAGGAUAGAAGAAGACUCUCACUGGUCAACACAACAAACGUCAAAAGUCACAGGGGGCACAGAGCUCCACAUCGACAUGAUCAACCAGCUAAAAGAGGCUGUGGAACUGCUGCAGGACCCCAGCAGGGUGAACACAGAGGAAGAUUUGUCUGGAGUCCAGCUCUAUCCAGUGGAGAUGGUCACAGUGGACGAGUCACUGAACGGGCAGGACAGUGAUGACGGCGCCACAUCACCAAAGCAGCACAUGGAUGAAGGUGGCUGUGAGUUCCAGAAGAAGAGACAGAUGAUUCUAGAAAAGGCCAGGUUUGAAGCCCAGCUUGCGUGUCGGGAGUAUGAGUGGCAUAUGUCGAUCAAGCGAAAUGACAGAUCUCCAGUGAGCGGACCUCCAUCCUUCUCCAGCCCACCCUUUGGACUGAAACCUCGUUCGGCUCCACCCUCGCUGCCCUGCUCGCCCCCGCCUUCCUGUCUCGACCCCUCCCUCCUCCCACAGGCCUCGCCCCUCCAUAGAGAUACACCUCGUAGCCAUGACGACGGAGGCAAUCACAACCGGGUGUUCCUGCGGAGCCACAAGAGCCUGGAGUCUGUGGAUCCUCAGUUCACCAUGAGAAGAAAGAUGGAGCAGCUGCGGGAGGAACUGGAGCUCAUGGAGCAGCUAAGAGAUAGCAUCGAGAGCAGACUGAAGGUCGUCCUUCCUGAAGACCUUGGUUCGUCUCUGAUGGACGGCGUCGUGCUCUGCCAUCUGGCCAAUCACAUUCGCCCACGCUCUGUCGCCAGCAUCCACGUCCCCUCACCUGCAGUGCCCAAACUCAGCAUGGCCAAGUGUCGGAGGAAUGUGGAGAACUUUCUGGAUGCCUGUAGAAAAAUAGGCGUACCAGAGGACAAACUGUGUCUUCCUCACCACAUCCUGGAGGAGAAAGGCCUGGUCAAAGUGUCCAUCACGGUGCAGGCUCUGGUGGAUGAAGCCUCCCCCAGACACUCUGCCCUGACGUGAGCAGUAAAGAUGGGCGGAGCUUCAACCGACUGACACGUACCACAGACACUCACCCAGAUGAAAUCGCUCAUGUGAUUUCACACAACGCUAAAAAAAAGCCUCCGAUCCUUCAUGAGCUUAAGUAACAGAGUGUUUUUUUUGUUUGUUUGUUUUUUAAAAUAGUAUUCAAGGAUAAAAAAUGGUAUUAAGGGAACUAAACCCAUCAGAAGUGUAUUAUCUACUAAUUCAUAAGAGGACAGUUUUUUUGGACAAUUAAGAUUUUACCAUCGUGCCAAGCCAAGGGUGUGCUAGGAAACUCAAAUUAUCUUUUUUGUUUGUUUGUUUGUUUGAUGUCAUCUUCUUACACUGGUUGGUACCAAACUUUUGAACCAUGAAGACCAAUGUGACAGAAAGUGAGAUUGGAUUUUGAGAGUAGAACCAGAAAAGUUUGGGGAAAAUAUUACAAAUAACGUGAGAGAAAAGGCUCAAAGUUUAGAAAGUGUCAUAAUAUAUUAUAAAAAAUAUAGAUUUAUUCUUUUGAAAUAAUAAUUUUAAUCUUAAAUCUGCAAUUUGGGGAGGAGGGGGUUUUAUAAUUCUUCCAUUCAAUUAUUUACCUCAAUUUUCUUUUUUUUUUAUACAACUUAAUUGGUGUAUUCUUUAAAAAAAAAUGCAUCUGUGUUCUCAAAAUCAAUGUUUUCGUUCUCUGACUGUGGCUCUGGUAAUGUGUUGUUUUAAAUCCACGAUUGAACUCUAAAUUGCGAGCGGAUUGGCUGGAGCCAAAGCCUUUGGCGUACUGCAGUCGCACCAACUUCACCAGGUUAUAUCAUGCUGUCUAUGCACAUGUUAACAAAUGAUUUUUAUUAAAUUAUCAGUUAUAAAUUAUCAGAUUUUUUUUCCUACUGAGGUUUCUGGUGAAGUGUUUUUGGACUGUGUGAGUAAUUAGUGUGUUGCUCUCACUACCCUGAAAAGAAUAAAACCAAAAUACUUUAGUCUUAAUGUAGAGGGAGUCGGCUUUUACCUGCAGUUUGUAUUUAAACACGAAACUAUUUAUAAUAUAAAGAGAUGCAGAGAAAAUCCGCUUGAGUUGUUAUAUACAGUCAAAAAGAAAGAAGGCCAAAAUAUUUUUCUCUAAUAUAUUUUAGGUAUAACUGUAUGUGUUUUAUACAUUUUUAGCAGUAUGACUUUGUGUGGAGCUGUCUGCUCGUCCAUGAGGUAGGUCUGAGUGUGCGUUAGUCUGGGGACACUAAUCUGUGUUUCUCAAGCUUCUGAUGGAUUCCAGGUGAUUAUUUUCUUACCCUCUAUCCUUUUACGUGUGUUGGUAGUCAGUGCUCACAUAAGGAACCUGGAAACGUUUUCAGACUUGGUCCGUGAAGCUCCUAUUGUGGUAUUUGUCAUGAGAUGCAGUUUGCUAAUGUGCCAAAACAUGUGGUGGUAGUGGAACAAAUAAACAAACAAAAGCAAAAACCAGUCAGUGUUUCAAGGGAACAUUAUGCAUCACUGUGGUCAUGGAUGGAUUACUGAACAGGCCUACAGUUACAGGGACCCACGGUCAGGGUGGCCCAGCUCAGAGCCCCAAUUUGAAGGGAUCAGCUAAUUUCAUCUGGAACAUUAAAAAGAAAAAGAAAACACAGACCCAGGGUGACUACAAAGAGAUAAAAAUCAGCGACAAAAGGUCACAAAACAACCCACCAAAAAAUGGUAAUAACAGUGACUCACCAUAACUACAAAGAGACAAAAAAUGAAUGCAAAGAAACAAAACCAAAAGUACCCACAAAAAGAUAAAAAACUGACUCCUCAUAACUACAGAGAGACAUGACUACAGCCAGACAAAACAAAAACUACCCGCAAAGAGACACAACACACUCAACAUGACUACAAAGAGACACACAAUAACUAAGAAUCUGCAUCUGUAGAGACAGAUAAUAAAAAACAACAGAUGGUCACACCACAACAACAAAGAGACAGAAACUAACCACAAGCAAACAAACAAGCUUUAUUUGUUACAUACACAAUCAUACAGAGUACGACAUGCAGUGAAAUGUUUUGUGUCCGAGCUGCGAACAGGCUGCAGACGUAGCCACGCCAUUCCAGAGCUUGGUUUUUUUAGCAUGGGCGGUCUAGCCAGGACCCUUACUGUAUACACAACAAGUGACUACAAAGAAACUGCAAAAAACACCACAGAGAAACAUUGCACUAAUACACACAAAACGACUUCAAGAGACGACAAAUAGACAACAUCCAUGAGGACAAACAGACUGACCAAAAAAACAAACCCAUUAUACUGUAAUAGACUAGAGACUCUGGAUGAUGUCAUUCUCCACUGUAGAAGGGGUCUGCGCCCGGGGGCCUGUUGUUGAGUACUAUGUCUAUGUCUGAGCUUCAGGCCUCGUAGACCACCUGAAACUGUAUGUGACUUUUAUAUUUCAGGUGUGUGUGAAGACGAGAUUUUCAUGUAGCCAUCGCCCUAGCUCAGACAGUCUCAGCUAGUUAAGACUCUACCAUUUUUUUAAACUCUUAAAACACUAUGUUAAAAAAAACAUCCCUAGGUUUAAAAACUUGAGUCUAAUGAGGUUUUUGCUGCUUAGCAGUCAAUAUGAAGAUGUUAAAAUGAAACGCUCCUCUGCUGAACAGUUGAGCACAUGAGGGGCUCGUGAGUGAACUGGUUCUACCCUCUGAGGUUUAGGCCAGAGCUGUUGGUGUGUGAGAUCAGAGACUGUGUGACUCAGGGUAGGUUUGGGUUUACUACACUGUUGGCCCUUCAUUCCACAGCCUGCUACGUCAACAGUAUCAGUGUGUGUGUAUGUGUGUGUGUGUGGUCAUGAGUGCGUGUGAAAUCAAGGCAGUUGCUGGUUGGUCUUUUGAAACAUGUGGUUGUGCAGACCUGGCUCAGAUUGAGAUUUUAAAGGGGUAGUAGGAAGUAUUAUUUUGAAUAACAUUAUUAUGGACUUUGAUCAGCCUCUGCUGUGUGAUUGCAUUGAUACACAACAGUUAUGUUGUACUGUUUGGCAGAUUUACUUGUCACACAAGUGCUGGACUUGUUUCUGAAACUAAGGUUUAUGCUAUAUAGCAAGUUUAACAAAGCUACUUUUUCUUUGCAUUAGCUGGCUCGGCAAAACCUGAAACAACAGUCAUCACAUAUCACAACACUGUUAUCAGCGUCCUGGGUUAACACGGGCGUUCUGCUUCAGGCUCCAGGUGUGCUAGCAUAAAAGGGAAUGUGGGACGCCUGAUUUGACUGUUUUUAUUCACAAAAUAAACCAACCAUGUACUGCCUACUACAGUCUUAUCCAGGAAUGUACAGGAUAUAAAAUAAAUGACCAGUUAGUUAUAUGUUUAGCAUAAGUUACCAUGGUCAUUAGACCAGAUUUUUAAAAAGGGCUGCACUUGAGACAUUCGCUAACCCAAAUCUUCUUACUGCCCCUUUAAAACAAGCAUUACAUUAUGUUUUCCUCCUAAAUGCCAGAAUGUCACCACAUGAAACAGCAACAUUCAACAACAUUGUAUGAAUGGGGGAUUACAUUUUUGGUUUGUUUUUUUUUUUUAAUUGUUUGUUGUUGUUUUUUCCUGUGCAGCUUGGAAUCCAAAGCUUGAGCUACUUAAAUAUUCAGCAGUAAUUAGAAAGAACUCCAUAAUAAAUAGAUAAAUGCUUCCACUGGAUAGAUUUGACAGUUGCCAAAACAAACCUUUUUCUCUCCUGUUAUAAAACAUAAAGGAUUUAAUGUAAAUGUGCUGUAUGCUUGUGUACAUAUUAUUUAUCACAAGGAUUUUUUGUAUUGUUGAAUUUGUUUGUUCAUGUACUGUAUAUUUCACCAUGAAACACUCACAUUAGCAAAUAAAAAGCUCAAUGUUUUUUUUUAACCUAGAGAUUAAGUUUGUUUACACAAAAACAGACCAUAAUUCUUCCAUCAAUAAAUCCAUUUUUCUGCCACUUAUCUGUGCCACAGGGGCAGCGGUCUAAGAGGACCGAUCCUAUCUUCUCUGCUACCAGCUGCUAGCUUAUCCAGAGGGAGACCGAGGGGUUCCCAGGCCAGUCAAAAGACACGAUCUCUUAUUUUAGUCCGAUGUCCUAAUUAUCUCAGCUGGUUUACAUAGACUGCGGGGGAAAAUUACUCAGAUUGACGAUUUCUGAUUGACGGAGUUAUGUGUUUAAGGGAGAGCUCAGACAUCCAUCAGAGGAACCUCAUUUCUGCUGCUUGUAUCAAUGAUGUUGUUCCUUCAGUUGCUGCCCUGAGUUCGUGAACAGGGUAAGAAUGUACUCAUUCGUCCCUACAAUGAGCUUUAGCAACUGUGGAUCAGGGUGCCAGUUCCCCUACUGCUCACUUUCAACCAGCCCACAAAGUACUGAAUGGGGUGCCACCCCCUACUGGGAGUGCCAUCACUACUGGGGCCCCUACUGCGGCUACUGCCCCUGAACCCCUCUCUCAGGUGAGUUAACUGGUCUGAUGGCUUCUUCUACGUAGGGGUGUUUUAAAUCAUUCUUAGCCUGUCCCCCUCACCCAGCCUUUGCCUUGGGAUGACCCUACCAUUGCUCCUGGGAUCGUGCAGGCAUGCAUACCCCUCCACUCCACAAUAAGUUGUUGAUUCAUGCAGGGAAACAUACUUAUUACAUUCUUAAUAACAAUGUAAUAAAUAUUAAAUAUAACACAGUACAGUGAGAAAACUACCACUAUGAGGAUUAGCAUGUCUGCUUUAGCUGUGACAUAAGUAACAGAGCCGGAUGAUUCCAGCGUGCUUAUUUUGAAUCUCUAUCUGCAUUUCUUCACAUAAUCAUGCCAUUUUCCACAGAUCUGUGCACAUCAUGUCACAGCGUUUUGGGAAAAAGCAAUAAAACCAAACUGGCUGCUUCCCCAACAGAAUCUGCACUUUAAACUUGUAUUUAUAUCUUUGUUUUGGCAACUGAGCAAAUCUGAAGUCACCUUUGAAAAUGAGAUGGAGAGUUAAAGGGCCAGUGUGGGGGGUUUACUGGGAGCUAUAAGUAGAAAUGUAAUAUUUACUUAUGUUAUUAUAGGUCACCAUCAAGUGUGAGAUCAGAAGGAACAAACCAAACACUGUCUCUUAAGAGGGCUAAAGAGUGGCGAUGCCACUAAAUCCUACACACUGAUCCUUUAAGGUUCCAAACGUGACGCUGUUGUAAAAUAUGUAAAUGUGUGCCUGCUGAACCUAAAGCAGUGUGUUUUUGUUUUAAGGUUUCAUCUUUUGUACAAAUCUAUUGUCCAGAAACAGCCUGUACUCACAUUUUUGUACUUUGACUGGGAGCACAUUUAUUUUUUAUGUGACUUAUUUUCAGGUUUGUUGAAAUUUGGAUGUAACAUACCCUUUUGUAACGCUUUGUGAACCUUUGUGUAAGUUUUUGUUGUACAGCAACUCAAAUCUACAUGCAUGAAUAGUCCCUGUAACGUCGCCUUAACUGCUGUGAAUACUGUAUAUACUGUACUGUAUUUCACUUUAUCAGUAAAGACCUCACCUGAAACAAAA